AGGCAUAUUUCGCUCCACGAUCAGAAGUAAAAGAUGGAUGUACGAAAUUAGGCAAAAUAGUCAAAAACAUUGAAACGCCUAGUUAUGAAGAUGUUAAAGCAUGUUACGAAGGAAUUAAGUAUGAUGAUGAACGAGCAAAACAAUUGAUUGAUGUAGUAGAAGGAAUUAUGUCAAAUUUUUAUCCUUUUUUUGACCAAGCUAAAGAAAACCCAGAAAAUGGUUAUAGUUUUGAGCCUAUAGACUUGACAAAAGAACUAAACUCAUUACGUCACGGGCAUUAUAAAUCUGAUUUUGAAUUCAUAACGACCAUAAGAAACCUAAUCUCACAAUUAAAAGAUGCACAUACGCAUUUGGACAUCAACUGUUAUAACAGAUUUUUCUUUUCACAAAAUUUAGCCAUGUAUUCAAUCACACAAAAUAAUCAGCAGAAAAUUAAGAUCAUGGAAGACGAUUUAAACCCAUCAAAUAAGGGUUGUGAAGUAAUAGAAAUAAAUGGUCAGGAUGCUCUAAAAGUAAUCAAAAAAUUUGCUAACGAGAGUGUCGUAGGCUCAAGAGAUCUGGGUGUCCGAUUUAAUUUAGCAUUGACUUCUCUCUCUAAACAAUUUGGUUCUUGGCUUAGCGCUAAAGGAACUGAUCAAUUUGUACAAAGACGCGAUUUACCAGAAACCCCUACUAUUACUUAUACAUUAUCUUGUUCCGAAAAAAAACGCACUCUAGUCAGAAAAUGGAGUUUAACAACCGCCGGGGAUAUCAAUGAUUUUAAAGAUACUAAAAGCUAUUUUGAACAAAAUUGUUUACCUAACCAAGAUAAUCCAAGAGUAAAUCCAGGAGAAGAAGUUGAUGUUCGCUUGAUUGGUGACAUUGGUGUUGCAAGAAUUGGAACUUUCAGUUUUGGAACUCGUAAACUACUUGAAAUGAAGAAAGGUCUUCAAUACUUAUCCAAUAAGGCUAAAAAGCUUGUUAUAGAUUUAUCAAAUAAUGGAGGUGGUGUUGUUGGCUUUGCCCAGGUCAUAAGUGCACUCCUACUUCCAUCAAAUGGCUUUUUUCCAGACGAC